AACCUGCUUACGUGGUUGUGUCCGGAAGUUUAUUUCUACUGUUUUCCGGGUUGUGUCAGCCAAUGGGAUUCAGUGGCGUCAAUGAGCCUGCUACCAAGAUGACUGUCAGUACGGCGGAGUCCCUCCGUGUCUCGGAGAUUAAAGACCCUUGGGUCUUGUUUGAGCGCUACAACACUGAAGAAAUUCGCCGAAUAGAGCGCAAGGUCCGCGGCGAAAUUGAACAGAAGAAGGAAGAGCUCAGGCAGAUGGUAGGCGAGCGCUACCGGGAUCUGAUCGACGCGGCGGACACUAUCGGAGAGAUGAGACAGUGCUCGCAGAGCGUCGUCCUGUCUAUCCAGGAUAUGAACCACUACUGUCAAAAGUUGAAACAAGGGAAGCCCAAUAGAGAAACAAUCGCUAAACAGGAGACCCAGUUGAAAUGUCAGGGAAAGUUCUACAACAUGGCAGCACAGAUCCGGCUCCUCCUGGAGAUCCCCGAGUGUAUCUGGAGCGCCAUGGAGUCGUUGCAGUACCUCAAGGCCACCCAGCUCUACCUGCUCUGCUGCCACCUACACGGGAUGCUGAAGCUGGAGACCGCCACAGGCCCUCACUGCAGCCCCAUCCUAGCCCGCUUCCCCAUACUCGUUCGUCAAGUGGCAACAACAGGACACUUCAGGUCGGCCAUCCUGCUCCACAGUAGGUCUCUGCUCCGGGGCCGGGCCGUGUCGGACCAGGCCAUCGCCGAGGCCUUGGUGUCCACCAUGCUGCUGGAGGACAGCUCACCUCGCCAGGCGCUCGCUGACUUCCUGCUGGCCAGGAAGUCCAGCAUCUACCAGCUGCUGAACCAGCCACAGCAAGGGGCUGGGAUCAAAGCCCAGGUGUGCAGCUUGGUGGAGCUGCUGGUCACCACUCUCUUCCAGGCCUACGCCGUCUUCUACAUGCCCCCUGAAGGAGGCCACAGGCCUGGGGAGGGUGCACUGACCUGCGGCAUACUCUUCUCCACCCUGGAGAACGUCACGUCCACGGUCCCCGCAGGUAAAGAUAAAAGGAUAUUGCAGGAGGAGAUGAGCACAGGAAGCGUGUUCAGGUACCUCCCGUCGUCGGUCUCUGAGUUCCAGCCGGUGCUGCGGACGCUGGCGCGCCCCAUCCAGAGGGAGCAGCUCCGCGACACGCUGCAGCAGUGGAUCACCACGUGUAAGGAGGACAUUUGCAGCGGCAUCAGUAGCCUGCUGGUGUAUGUGACCAGCCUGAAGGCCCUGGCGGCCAUCAGAGAUGCUAUCUGGGACCUCCUCUCCACUGACUCCAUCAGCCUGCACUGGGGCAGUGUGUGUCAGUGCCUGCUGGAGCGCCCCCUGGAUGUUUGGGAGGACUUCCUGCAGCUUCUCUUCCUCCAGCGCCUGCAGGCCAUCACUAAAGACCAAAUGGACACCAUCUCCGUCAGCUCCACCCAGCUCCUCACCUCGGCCCUCCGGGAUCUAGAGGGCCCCGCCCCCCAGGCCGCAGCGCCCCCUAAAGGCCACGGCGGGCGCUUUGAGUCGGACGUCGCCUCCUUCCUGUGGUCCGAGGCCCCGGGGGACCUGCUGAGCGACAGCGCCUGGGUGAGCGUGGCCCAGCGCGACCCGCAGCACCACAGCGGGCUGGCCAUGAAGACGCUGGCGCUCACGCCCUGCGUGCAGAGCUUCUGCACCGCUCUGGACGCCAAGCUCCGCACCCGGCUGGACGACCUGCAGCACUACCUCCCCGUACAGGAACCAGGGUCCUCCUACCCCAGCCCGGCUCUCCAAGGCACCAGGCCGGCCAAGGGCCUCGCCGCAUCAGCCUUCGAUCGCUUCAAAGACGCCGCCGACGUGGAGCAGAGCUUACGGGACUCCUGCUUGGCCUGCGUCCAACAGAUCCUGUCUCACAUCCGGUCCGAGCUGUCCUCCGGCGAGCCCCACCCCGACCUCGGCACGGUCCUCUUUGUGGCCCGCCUGUGCCAGUCCAUGGGGGACCUGUGCACGAACCUCAGGCACUGCGUCUUGGGGAGGGAGGGCAGCUCAGAGGCCGCCAGGGAGACCCCCAGACCGGGGAGGAAGCUGGGCAAGGCCAAGGCUCCGGCCCAGGUGGGGCCCGCCCAGGCCAGGUGGGUCGGCCUGAGGCGGGACCUCGGGGCCUGCAGCAUGGACGCCUACCGCAUCUGGAGCAGCGCCCUGUCCAAGGCACUGGUGGCAUUUGCAACGGCGCUCAAUGGCGAUACUCCGGGUGCCAUCCUGAAAACGGCCACGAGCUGGGAGGAGCUAGAGAUCCAGGAGGAGGCGGAGUCGGGCAGCAGCGUCACGUCCAAAAUAAGACUUCCUGUGCAGCCCUCCUGGUUCGUCCAGGCGCUGCUGUUCCAGCUGUGCCUGGAGGUGAACAGAGUCGGCGGCCACGCCUUGCCGAGACCCACCUUGCAUGAGCUGCUGAAGUCCUGCCUGGACCAGGUCCUCCAUCACUACCACAGCAUCACGCAGCAGACCCAGGACAAGGACCACGGCUUCCCCGUGACCCAGACCAGAGCGCUGCAGCUGCUGUUCGACCUGCGGUACCUCUGCACCACGCUGAGCCCCCGGGCGGAGGGGGGCCAGGGCGGGCGCUCGUCUCAGGACCCCAGGAUCCAACAGGUCUGCGAUUGGUUGGAGGGUUUCAUAGAUCCCUUUGAUCUUGACGUGUUCACGGCACCACUCAGCGCCCACCUCAACCGCCUGUCCCAGAGGACCUCGGUGCUUUUGGGGUUCUUAACAGACACAGAGAAACAAUUUGUGCAGCGAAACAGCGCUGGGAGCUCCCAGGAGCAAUACAACAUCCUGCCACUGGCCAGCAGCCAGAUCAGGUUUGGUCUGCUGCCUCUGAGCAUGUCCAACACGAGGCUCACCAAGGCGGACCGACAGGCCGUCGAUCCAGUGUCACGGUAUUUUGAAUAGCCGGAGACCAAGGCAAGUUCAUCUGUGCCCUGUGUCGUUGCAGUGACGUUGUGUUUGUCUGUGUUUCUCGUUCUUGGUGUGCUGUGCUGGUCUCCCUACCCUGCGGGAUGUAUUUUAACAUGCAGUGUGACUAGUUAGUUUUCUUCAUCCUCCUUACAUUUUGAAUGGGUGCAUAAGUUAACGGUUUAAUAUUUCACCUACUUUUGCAUAUAUCCAUACGCACUAUCAACCCCGUGCAAAAAUGACCAAAUUAUUUUGACCCCCCGUUGAAUAUGAAGCAGUACAUG